CCUCCUCUCGUUUCGUCUCCCCCCCAUCCACUCCUCUUCUCUCCAGCCUUGAGCUCGAGAAUGCUUGUUGCCGCCGCCGCCCACUCGCCAGCGAGCACGGCCCUGCCUCGCCGUCGCCGGCGAGCGGCCGCGCCGCCAUCGCGGAAGACGCCCGAGUCGCAGGCGCUCCGCUCCAUACUCCACUCGCGCGUCAUUGCCUGCCUCCGCGCACAAGACGGGGAGACGGCGAUGCAGGCGGCCCGUGCGGCCGUGCGCGGCGGCGUCUCCGUGCUAGAGAUUGUGAUGUCCACCCCUGGAGCGCUGGAGGUUAUUGGUGAUCUUCGCAGAAGUUAUCCUUCUUUGACAUUUGGGGUUGGCACGGUCUUGAAUCCUGAAGAUGCAAGGAAAGCCAUUACAGCUGGUGCACAGUUUCUCAUGAGUCCUGGUACAGUCAUGGAAAUACUUCAUGCUCUUAAAGAAAGUGAAGUCCUGUGUAUUCCAGGAGUGCUGACACCAACUGAAGUUAUAUCUGCUUCCAAUGCUGGAGCAGAAGUCGUUAAGGUCUACCCAGUUUCAGUAAUGGGUGGGGAGGUCUAUAUGCUUGCUUUGAAGAAACCAUUUCCUUUUCUACCAAUGGUCGCUUCUCAAGGAAUAAGCAUAGACUCAAUCAAGGGGUAUUUGGAGGCAGGGGCAUCUGCAGUGGUGCUAUCUGAUGCUAUUUUCGACAAAGAAUUGAUGAGAGAAAGGAAAUUUGAUGAAAUUUCAGAACUUGCAAACCUGGCCACUCUACGGGCAUCGCAAUCAGGAACAUGAGGCAAAUAUGACAAAAAUUUUAGCAUUAUGUUCCAUUAAGAAGAACACAAUAUUAGUAGUCUCCUAAUGCGACAAUGGGCACCCAUUUUGCUCGGUAUGAUUGAGCCAUGAUGAGCAGUUGUUUUUCCCGGCAUGAUUGACGGCCAUUCUCUCUGUGAUCUGCAUGAGGAUAGCUAGAGAAGUGAUCAAAUUCAAGCCCUAACAUUAUGAGGAAUUGAGGAUAUCUAGAGAAGUAAUCAAGUUCAAGCCCUAGCACUGUGUUCCUCAACAGAAGUCAUGGGCACUGGUGGUCUGGCAAAGAAGUGAUAUAAAAUCUCCGAGCUAGCUACGACAAGUGCUGAGUCCAUAUCUGAGAACUCAAAUGGAAGCAGUGGAGAGUCGCAUUUGCAUUUGACGAAAUGGAAGCACCAACAUCUUGUCAGUUAAUCAGUUACUGUUAUGCAGAUUGCUAAAAGGAAUCUGGAGUUACAGAUCGUGGCACUACGUGGUUUGCCAUCUUUUUGUAGAUUCAAUGCUACUUAGGUAUACUCUCUAAUAGAACAGGUACUGUUGUCUCUAUAGCUUGUGUAAAUACUCCAUCUAAUGUUAUAAGGAACAAUUUUACUUGAUGCAUGUACUAGGGAGGCAACUCCUGUAAAACUGAUUGGAUGGCAUCAGGCAGGAGGGGUUGUGCUAAAAUUAGGUGCUUAGUCAGGAAACUCUUCUGUUUAUGAAUUUCUCUUAAUAGAAAUGGGAGGGUUUGCCCUCUCUAGGUAAAAAAAACAUUGGGUGAA